AUGAUGUUGGACAAGUCAAUUUUGGUAUUAGGAGGUAGAGAAGCGUCAAACGUAGAAGACAUUCUAAUUUUGCAAUACGAUGAGGAUUUUGGAGACAUCAUAGACGUUAAUCAUGACGUUGUGUUUUAUCACAAACAAAAAGAUGUAGUUGUGAAGCUUAGAAAGAACUGCCCAAAUGAAGAAAUGUCAACCAUUACAUCUUUCUCGUUCAAUGGUAGAGAAGAAAAUGACGUUGCAAGUGGAUUCCCUGAACCAAGCAUUAUUGAAAAUUUGGGUAAAUCUGAACAUACUCCAUCAUCGAAGAAAAAAUUCUUCUGUGAUAGGUUGAACAAAGGAAAAGAUGCUUCAAGUGAAUUGCAUGAUGUAACAGACAAUCAUAAAUCUGAUUGCGAGUCUUCUUCAUCAGCAAAAAUGCAAUGCUCUGCAAACACUUUGAAUUUGGAAAAUGAUGUGAGUGAUUCGAGGGAAUUGCUUUCAUAUGCUGUCAUAGAUGGAGUGAAACACACAGCAGUGUUAGUAAAGUUUGAUGAAACUGAUGUUGAUGCUGUGAAGAUCAAUGUGCUUACACACAACGAACUUUUUGAUGUGUUUCAUACACAGUCAGAUGGAAACUAUGCUGCCUGCAGCUGCGACAGCGAAUAUGAGAGCACCGUUUGUAUUUCUGGCACUGAUCACGGUGAUGCUCAGAGUCUUAAUAAAUCUCCCAGACAAAAACGCAAACGUUUUAAAACGAAGAGAGCAACGUUAGCUAAGCCACCAGCAAUUUCAACUAGCAACAUCGUCAACAAAUCUACUAAGGAAUCAAACAUCGGAGAUAAUUUAGUUGAGAAUUGUGACUUUAAAUUUGGCUUGACAUCAGAAGCUGGAACAGCAGCUAAAAACCCUCCUGCACGUUCACUGGUUAAAAUGUCUAAAAACAUUCCAUCAGAAGAAGUGAUACUUAGUCUGCCAAACGAAGGCAAAGAGGAUUUUGAAAUCUAUCCUAUUCUCGCUACAGAAAUUCAGAAAAAUGUCCUUACUCUUCACAGUAACCGAUUUCUUUUCGUUUGUGCAAAACAAUUGCUUAACAUCAACAAAGGAUCAAUGAUAAGUAAAGGCAUGUACAAAAGGUAUGCCAAAAUGGUCGUGGAAAAGUAUCCUUGUCUGAAAGAUAUUGAUUUUGAAGAAGAAUUCCUGUCGGUGAAAAUGAAAAUUAUAAAAGCCGUAAACAAUCAAAGGGGAAACGUGAAAACGAAAGAAAGUAGGAAGUUGAAAGUUAAUGAUGCCCACGAACCUAAUCAAUCGCAGAACCUGGAAUUUCCUGUAAAUGUUCAAGAAUCACAAUUGGAUAUCGCUGCUUCGGAUAUCGAGAAAAGUUUCAAGGAAAGGCGUCUAUACGUUAAAACAAAUCACAGCCUAAGAACGGAUCAAAUACUGACAGCAAUUCCUUUUUACUUGGAUUUUCCGAAGGUUUAUGCAGAUUUCCUGAAAAUGAGAAAUUUUGAUGAGCUGAUGGUUAAUCUAAAGCGCUAUUACCUUGCAGAACAUAAUAAUCAGAGUGCAGCAUCUACAGCAGUUUUCUUUGAAGGAGAAAAGGGAACGAUUGGAUUGUUGAUGGCCAUCAACCGUUUGUGUUCUACAAAAAAGGGAACCAGUUCUUCAGCAGAACUCUUUGAAAUAGCACAAGUAUUUUUUUCCUCUUUUGCAGUUAUUCACACAACUUAGUAACUAUCGUUUUUUUUUU